AUGAACCCUAAAGAGUCCGAAAGUAAAAUCGUCGUCUAUGGCAAAGAAAUCCUCAUGCCAUCCUUUGGCCGGGGAAAUCCCACAUAUCCACUGAAAAUCGGUGAAGAUCCGGUGAAAAAAGCAGGCAGUUCCGUAUCACUAGUUUCUCGAGACAUCAAGCUGUUAUCUGGCGUGUGGCAACAAGUAAAAUGUGAAAACGUCUGGCGUUAUAAUCUAGCAAUAGGGCACGAUUUGUUCUGGAGCCUGGCCUCGAAUUUCUUCGCCCCGAUCAUAAAGUAUAAUUUUCCGGAUGAAGAGAGUUUCCGCGUGCGGAUCAUCACCGAAACGGGCUGGUCCUGGUUCCAAGGUCAAAAAAUAACGCAAACAUUUGACCUGAAUGGAAUUAACGAUCACGAUUGUCCCAUGUCUACAGGCCCGUCCUGGUCAAAAGCCUCGACCGCUGGUACUAGCAGCAGUACCGAAACUUCUGGAGCUAUGAAGACAAUCACACAAAAUGUCCUUCUUGAUGAGGAUAACGAGACAAUCGUCUCGUACGCAGUUGGACACAGCUGUGGCCCAAUAACGACCACACGGCGAGUCCUGGACAACGGUCAGCUCGAGUGGACAGCGACGCUGGAAAAUCAUAAAAUUACCUGCAGACGAUUAUUUGCGAAGAUUGAUGAGAUACCCGCACGGUUUUGCGAGCCCGCCUUGCCUUUAUAG